AUGGAUUCAUCUGACAUUCAAAGGAAAAAAAUAGCUGUCAUUGGUGGUGGCUUGGUUGGAUCAUUAAAUGCAUGCUUCCUUGCAAAGAGGAAUUUCCAAGUUGAUGUUUAUGAAUCUAGGGAAGAUAUCCGGGUGGCUAAAUUUGCACGUGGAAGAAGCAUUAACCUGGCCCUUUCUCAUAGAGGACGACAGGCCUUGAAAGCCAUUGGUCUGGAAGAUCAGAUUGUAUCCCAAGGUAUUCCCAUGAGAGCAAGAAUGAUUCAUUCUCUUUCAGGAAAAAAGUCUGCAAUUCCCUAUGGGACAAAGUCACAGUAUAUUCUUUCUAUAAGCAGAGAAAACCUAAAUAAGGAUCUAUUAACUGCUGUUGAGAAAUAUCCCAAUGUGAAGCUGCACUUUGGCCACAGGCUGUUGAAAUGUAAUGCUGAGGAAGGAAUGAUCACCGUGCUUGGAUAUGACAAAGCUCCCAAAGAUAUUGCCUAUGACCUCAUUGUAGGAUGUGACGGAGCCUAUUCAACAGUCAGAACUCACCUGAUGAAGAAGCCUCGCUUUGAUUACAGUCAGCAGUUCAUCCCUCAUGGAUAUAUGGAGUUGAAUAUUCCCCCCAAGGGUGGCGAUUAUGCCAUGGAACCUAAUUACCUGCAUAUUUGGCCUAGAAAUACUUUUAUGAUGAUUGCACUUCCUAACAAGAACAAAUCUUUCACCUGUACUUUGUUCAUGCCCUUUGAAGAAUUCGAGAAACUUCACACUGGUAGUGAUGUGCUGGAUUUCUUCCAGAAGUACUUUCCAGAUGCCAUUCCUCUAAUGGGAGCGGAAGCCCUGAAGAAGGAUUUCUUCCUGUUACCGGCCCAGCCCAUGAUCUCUGUAAAGUGCUCGUCGUUUCAUUUCAAGUCACACUGUGUGCUGAUGGGAGAUGCAGCCCACGCCAUAGUGCCCUUUUUUGGGCAAGGGAUGAAUGCGGGUUUUGAAGACUGCUUGGUGUUUGAUGAGCUAAUGGAUAAAUUCAAUAAUGACCUUAGUCUUUGUCUUCCUGAGUUUUCAAGAUUUAGGAUUCCAGAUGACCACGCGAUAUCAGAUUUAUCCAUGUACAAUUACAUUGAGAUGAGAGCGCAUGUCAACUCAAGAUGGUUCAUCUUCCAAAAGAACAUAGAUAGAUUUCUCUAUGCUAUUAUGCCAUCUACCUUUAUUCCUCUUUAUACCAUGGUGACCUUUUCGAGAAUAAGAUACCAUGAAGCAGUGAUACGCUGGCACUGGCAAAAGAAGGUAAUAAAUAAAGGGCUUUUUUUCUUUGGGACAUUGAUAACCCUCGGUGGUACCUACCUUCUGAUGCGCUCCACGUCACUGAGACCCACACAUUACUUGAGAAGACCUUGGGACUGGAUCACUUACAUCCAUAACACGGGACAUGUCUCCCUGCAAGGACCAUGGAGUCUCUAG